UAUAGCUUCAAUGGCUCUUGAUACCAUACCUUUAUGGCUUCCUCUUCUCCUUGUUUUCCCUCUUCUGCUGCUCAUGAAAAAAAAGAUGGAUGAGUGGAGUUCAAAGAACCUUCCACCAAGCCCUCCUAAGCUCCCUAUUAUAGGUAAUUUGCACCAACUUGGUGUGUUGCCUCACCAAUCUAUGUGGCAACUCUCCAAGAAAUAUGGCUCUGUGAUGCUCCUUCAACUCAGUGGCAUAACAACUGUCAUAAUAUCUUCUGCUGAUGCUGCAAGAGAAGUCUUAAAAGUUCAUGAUCUUGCCUGUUGCAGUAGACCUCCCUUAGCUUGCUCUAAAGUUUUUUCCUACAAUUAUAGGGACAUGGCUUUUUCACCUUAUGGUGAUUACUGGAGAGAGAUAAGGAAAAUAUGUGUUCUUGAGCUUUUUAGUGUGAAGAGGGUGCAGUCCUAUCAGUUCAUUAGGGAAGAAGAAGUUGCUUUGUUUGUCGAUUCUAUAUCUCACUAUGCAUCUUCUGCAACCCCUGUCGAUCUUUCUGAGAAGCUGUUUGCCUUUACUGCAAGUAUAACUUUUAGGAUUGGUUUUGGUAAGAGUUUUCGCGGGAGUGGUUUAGACAAUGAAAGGUUUCAAGCAGUGGUUCAUGAGGUAGAGUCCCUGUUGGGAAGCUACAAUGCAUCUGAAUUCUUGCCCUUCGUAGGAUGGAUUAUAGACACUUUAUCUGGUAGAUCUAAAAGGCUUGAAAGGGUUUUCCAUGAGAUGGAUACUUUAUUCCAACAGGUCAUUGAUCUCCAUCUUGAUCCUGAGAGGACAAAACCAGAGCAUGAAGACAUUAUCGAUGUGCUACUGAGAAUUGAAAGGGAGCAAGCUGAGUCUGGCGAUGCUAUUCGGUUCACAAAACAUAACAUUAAGGCAGUCCUCUUGAAUAUAUUUUUAGGUGGAGUUGACACUGGUGCAAUUACCAUGAUAUGGGCGAUGGCAGAGCUUGCUAAGAACCCCAUAUUGAUGAAAAAAGCACAAGAUGAAGUUAGAAAUUUCAUUGGAAAUAAAGGGAAAGUCACUGAAAGCGACACUGACCACCUUCAUUAUCUAAAGAUGAUAGUUAAAGAAACUUUUAGAUUGCAUCCUCCAGGAACUCUACUUUUUCCAAGAGAAACCAUGUCACACUUUAAGAUCAAUGGUUAUGACAUUUACCCAAAAAUGUUAGUACAAGUUAAUGCCUGGGCAAUAGGACGAGAUCCUAAAUACUGGGAGAACCCAGAGGAAUUCAUCCCAGAAAGGUUCAUGGAUAACUCCAUUGAUUAUAAAGGUCAAAAUUUUGAGUUAUUGACAUUUGGAUCUGGUCGAAGAGGUUGUCCUGGGAUAUAUAUGGCAACAACAACAAUUGAGCUUGCACUUGCAAAUCUUUUAUAUUGUUUCAAUUGGAAAUUACCUGAUGGGAUGAAAGAGGAAGAUAUCAACAUGGAAGAGGGAGCUGGUCUUAGCCUUACUACCAGUAAGAAAACAGCUUUGAACCUUGUGCCAAUCAAAUUGUUUUAAAAUAUUAGUAUAUGUCGGCACUCUUCCCCUCCCUUUCCUCUCUCCCUCGUUUCACUCCAUUCCAAAUAUAAUGAUAUAUACUAACGUUCAGUGACAGUCUGAGUCAUCUGACCAUAUUAGCCUAAAAAUAUUCUUGAAUAUCUUCCCAGGAAUAGUUGCUUUUAUAUAUAUAUAUGUAUGUAUGUAGUGCUAAGCACUUUGAAAUAAAUGGUGGCCAAUUAGCAUGUAUGUUUUGGCUUUUGCCAUCAUGGAUCAUUUAUCCUUUCUUAUAAAUAAAUGGCAGGAAGUGGAAGAUAAUUUGUGUUUGUCUUUA